CAGCCCAUUUUAUUUUUUAUGUUCCCAUUCACUAUAGUGGGGGACAUAUGGAUUUUCCCCUGUUGGUCUGUUUCUGCCAACUUUAACAUUUUGCAAUCACUUUUGCUAUAUUGAAGAAAGCUACUUCAUAUUUGGCAUGUAUGUGUUUUUCAUGGAGCUGCACAUUUUGAGUGGUACUUUCUGAUAAUGGGUUAAAAUGAAAGUGAAUAUCUGUUAACAGUUGCACUGCAUAAGCAUGAAACAAAUUGCCUGGAUUAUUUCAUUUAUUUUUCUUACACAUACUGCUCUGAUAGGGAAUACAUGUUAUAAACAUGACUUGCGAGUUUUUCACACCUUUAUUGACAUUACACAACAGAUUAACACCAAUGAGCUGUCGAAAGUCGUUUAACCUCUAUGCCAUUAAAAUCUGUUAAAUGGACGAAUAAAGCAAUUAAGCUGUGAUCUUCGCCAUCUUUGUACCAGAUUGCAGAAUUUCCAAUUUCAGAUUUCCAGUUUGCGAAGUCAUUUUUGCCAAUUCCCAAUGGGCAGAAUAUUUAUUUAUUAGGUUGUUUACGAUGUAUCCUUGUUUGAAGCUUUAUUAUUGCAAUAUUUCUGCCUAAAUACAUGUAAUAAGAAUUGUUGGGCCUCUUACAAGUAAUAAACAUCGUAGGGUCCCAUAUAAGAAAUAAACAUGUUUACACUAAUUUUCGGGUCUCAUAUAAGUAAUAUUGUUGGGUCCCAUAUAAGAAAUACUGUUGAGUCCCAUAUAAGAAGUAUUAUAAGAAAUAUUGUUGGGUCCUAUAUUAGAAGUAUUGUUGGGUCCCAUAUACGAAACAUUGUUGGGUCCCAUGUAUAAUAAGCAUUGUAAGAAAUAUUGUCAGGUACCAUAUAAGAAAUAUUGUUGGGUCCUAUAAGAAGUAUUGCUGGGUCCCAUUUUAGAAACGGGUUUUUUACCUUCUAUAACAGACGCCGAACUAGGCUGUUUGUUUCCCCUUUCUGGUCAAAAAAAUUCCACCUAAAAAAAAAUAUAUAUUUAUUUUUAGCUCCAUCUGGCCAGCGGGGCUUAUGUCAUGGUCCUGUGUCCGUCGUGUGUCCAUGCGUGCGUUAACUUUUUCUUUAAACAUCUUCUUCUUCUUCUUUUUACAGUUUUGAGCACGAACAGUCCGUUUUUCACGAUUUAAAACGGCCGUUUUUGUAAAUAUUCACGGACAUGAAAGGAUUGUGAAUUGGCCGUGUCAAAAUUGUGAAAUGUCCGUCCAUGGCCAAUCGCAAAGAAGGAAAAAAAGCCCUGAAUCCACAACGAAUACAAUGACACAAUACAACAUAAAGCUAAUUAUGGCAUGUUCACAGACAUUCAAAUAUUUUGCAGAAAUGCAUUUGCCGUUGUUAUACAUUUUUAUACACGUAUAAUAUGUACGUAAAAACGACACCCUUCUAUUACUCAUCAUAUUAAGGGUUGCGGCAUGUGGAUAUUGUCUUUAACAUCUUGAAUGGCAAAAAGGGAUUUUUGUCCGUUAAAUGAAGGAUUUUUUGGCUGUUUUAAAGAAUUUGAAGUAUUAUAAAAUUGUUUAUAAGUUUUUGUCACAGUGUAUAUGGGUUCCUCUACCCCUCCAGUGCACAUAUUACUCCUCGUCAAAUUUUUCUUGGUCAUACGUGCACUGUUUGGGUAGAGGAACCAAUAUACACUGUAAACAAAAAACUAUAACUUAUGAUAUACAUAACAGCAAAACUUCAGUUGUAAUGUCCAAUAUACUUUUCUGUAGAUUUCAGUAAGACCCACCAAUGGAUAAUAAUAUCAAGGCCCAACUGUUGACUAUAUACUUAUAUAUAUGUGGCGCGUUUCUGAAAAAGGCCCCUUUUGUGUGAACGUCAAAUAACGGAGAAAUGACGUUGUGAAGAUAUGCAUUAUUUUCCGACGUUUAAAAAUUAUUUUAGACAAACAUCACACAAAUUUAAUCACUAUGCUAAUUCAUUUAAUUUAGAACGUGUAACAAUACAAAUUGGCCAUAUUACAUGUAUAGUAGUAAACAACGGACAAAACUUCUUGCAAAAUUAUAUCGUCAAAAUAGUUGCAUUGAUAUAAAAACAUUUUUAGAGUUCACACAGCAUCUCUUCAAAAUUAUAGGUUUGAACAAGUUUUCAUUUGAUCAUAUAAAACGUGUACAUUAUCUGAAUAGGAAAAGAACGAACUUUAAGAACAUUUUAAAAACUCAAUUUAUUUUUGUCACAUUCAUAUGGCCUUUUUUUCUGAACCAUGUCACGUAAACAUAAUAGCAAAACCUUCUGUUAUCCAAGCCAAUAUAUAUUUUCUAUAGAUUUCAGCAAGACCCACCAAUGGAUAAUAGACAUACAAGACCCCACUGUUGACAUUAUAUGUUUACAGUCAUUGAGGCAACUGUUGAAGACACCCACAGUCUAGAAUCUAUACAGGAGUCAGAGCCUCUCAUGAUACAACAUGCCAGUGUUGACUGUGCUGAUCAUAUGCAAUCUACAGGUUUCACUUUGGUUCUUUCAGAGUCCAUGUCAACUGCUGACAGUGAAGAGCCAGGCAGUCUGACCCAUGAUAGGAGGGAGCCAAGUGAAGAGCCAGCCAGUCUGACCCAUGAUAGGAGGGAGCCAAGUGAAGAGCCAGCCAGUCUGACCCAUGAGUCCAUGUCAACUGCUGACAGUGAAGAGCCAGGCAGUCUGACCCAUGAUAGGAGGGAGCCAAGUGAAGAGCCAGCCAGUCUGACCCAUGAUAGAAGGGAGCCAAGUGAAGAGCCAGCCAGUCUGACCCAUGAGUCCAUGUCAACUGCUGACAGUGAAGAGCCAGGCAGUCUGACCCAUGAUAGGAGGGAGCCAAGUGAAGAGCCAGCCAGUCUGACCCAUGAUAGGAGGGAGCCAAGUGAAGAGCCAGCCAGUCUGACCCAUGAGUCCAUGUCAACUGCUGACAGUGAAGAGCCAGGCAGUGUGACCCAUGAUAGGAGGGAGCCAAGUGAAGAGCCAGCCAGUCUGAGCCAUGAUAGAAAGGAGCCAAAUCCUCAAGGGACAGGGACAAGAAAAGGAAUGAAACGAAAGUGGGCCAGCGAAGAGAACAUAUGUUUCAUGAACUUUUUUAGAGAUGAAUUAAGAGAAAAAAAAAUGCCAUCUGGCUCAAAAAUAAUGGGGUCCCUAAAAAUACUUACCGGAAGAACAGUGGCCCAGAUAAGGGCAAGGGUCCAUAACAUUAUUAUGGAAAAACAAAAAUGGAAAAAGAAUUGUUGAACUGUGGAAUAUGUUUAUGCCCCUGGUAGGGUGGCAUAUAGCAGUUGAACUGUCCGUCAGUCAGUCAGUCUGUCCAUCUGGCCGAAAACUUAUAUGGCCAUAACUUUUUCAAUAUUGAACAUAGCAACUUGAUAUUUAUACCCCUAUUACAAUUGGUAAUGGGGGCUAUAUAGGAGUCACGUUUGUCGGUCUGUCCCGAUAUUUCAUCCGAUCUUCACCAAACUUGGUCAGUAGUUGUAUGUAGAUAAUGUCUAGGUCAAGUUUGAAUAUGGGUCAUGCCAGGUCAAAAACUAGGUCAUGGGGUCACUUAGUAUGUUUUAAACUGUAAGUUUGUACGGACCAUAGCUAUGUUAUUUAUCGUUACAUUUUUAAAUGACUCGGUACAUUUGUUCACCAUCAUGGAACGGUGUGUCGCGUUAAAAGAAAUUACGUCAAUAUCUCAAAGGUCAAGGUCACACUUGGGAGUUCAAAGGUCAAAUGCUUGUCCUGGCCAUAGCUUUGUUUUUUAUUGUGAGAUUUUAAAAUCAUUUGGCACAUUUGUUCACCAUCAUUGAACAGUGUGUUGGGCGAAAGAAUUACGUCGAUAUUUCCAAGAACAAGGGCACAAUUUGAGUUUAAAGGUAAAAAAUGGCCAUAAUUGAGCUUGUCUGGGCAAUAACUAUGUUGUUUAUUGUGCGAUUUUAAAAUCGUUGGCUCUUUUGUUCACCAUCAUUUGACAGUGUGUCGCGCGAAAGAAUUACGUCGAUAUCUUCAAACUCAAAGUUGUAGUUUUAGUUCAAAGGUCAAAAAUGGCAAUAAAUUAUCUUGUCUGGGCCAUAAAUAUGUCAUUCAUUGUAAGAUUUUAAAAUGACUCUGUACAUCAAUUUUGUUCAAAGUCAUUGGAAGGCUUGUCAUGUGAAACAAUUCAAGAGUUCAAAGGUCAAAAUGGCUAUAAAUGAUAAUGGCAUAAUGAUUCUUAAAAAAUCGCCAUAAAUUGUAUUAUCUUGUUUUGUGAAGACAGCAUACAAAAUAGUCUGUGUCAAUGCGUUAUGUGGGGGUAUAUGUCACGUCUGUGACAAAGCUCCAGUUGGCAUGCAUGUGCAUCUUGUGAAGCUGCACAUAUUGAGUGGUGAAAAGUGAAGGUCAAGGUAAUCCUUCAAGGUUAAAUAUAUUGCUUCUGU